UCCAUCUAUCCAUCCCUGCCUCGCCGCUGCCGGGCUCUGCCUCGCCCGCCUUUUCCCACCCCCUCCACCCCAACCCUCCCCAUUCCCGCCGCCAGCCAUGGCCGACAUGAAGACCGGCAUCUUCGCCAAAAACGUCCAGAAACGACUCAACCGUGCCCAGGAGAAGGUGCUUCAAAAACUAGGAAAAGCAGAUGAAACAAAAGAUGAACAAUUUGAAGAAUAUGUUCAAAAUUUCAAGCGGCAAGAGGCAGAGGGUUCCAGGCUCCAGAGAGAACUGAGAGGAUAUUUAGCAGCCAUCAAAGGGAUGCAGGAUGCCUCAAAGAAGCUUACAGAGUCUCUUCAUGAAGUGUAUGAGCCAGAUUGGUACGGACGAGAAGAUGUGAAAAUGAUUGGAGAGAAAUGUGAUGAACUUUGGGAAGAUUUCCAUCAGAAACUGGUGGAUGGGUCAUUGUUGACCUUGGAUACAUAUCUAGGACAAUUUCCUGAUAUCAAAACUCGCAUUGCAAAACGAAGCAGAAAGCUGGUAGACUAUGACAGUGCAAGGCAUCAUCUAGAAGCCCUGCAGAGCUCCAAAAGAAAAGAUGAAGGCAGAAUUAACAAGGCAGAAGAAGAGUUUCAAAAAGCACAGAAAGUGUUUGAAGAGUUUAAUACUGAUUUACAAGAAGAGUUGCCAUCUCUGUGGUCACGACGAGUCGGCUUCUAUGUGAACACCUUCAAAAAUGUAUCCAGCCUUGAAGCCAAGUUUCACAAGGAAAUAGCUUUACUAUGUCACAAGCUAUAUGAAGUGAUGACAAAGCUGGGAGAUCAACAUGCAGACAAGGCCUUCACCAUUCAAGGGGCACCAAGUGAUUCAGGUCCACUCCGCAUUGCAAAAACACCGUCACCACCAGAGGAGGUCUCUCCCCUGCCUAGCCCUACUGCUAGUCCCAAUCAUAUGCUGGCACCAGCAUCUCCAGCACCAGCCCGGCCUAAGUCACCCACACAGCUGAGGAAAGGUCCGCCAGUUCCACCGCUGCCUAAGCUCACGCCCACGAAGGAGCUGCAACAGGAGAACAUCAUUAACUUAUUUGAUGACAACUUUGUUCCAGAAAUCAAUGUGACAACCCCAUCACAGAAUGAAGUUCCUGAAGCUAAGAAAGAGGAAUCUUUGCUAGAUCUGGACUUCGAUCCUUUCAAGCCAGAUGCUGUAUCGACAGGAGUUACUCAUUCACCCAUGUCUCAGACAUUGCCAUGGGAUCUAUGGACGACAAGCAGCGAAUUGGUGCAGCCGGCAUCCAGCACAGCAUUUAAUGGAUUUGCCCAGGAUACCUCUGCAUUUACAGUGCAACCAAAUGAGAAUGUGACAGAGCCUUUGACUGAGGGUGAAGAAGCUCCACCUGGGGAACCCAAGGUCGAGGAAACCCCUGCUGCUGUGGAAAAAGAGGCUGUCCCUGCUGAGCCUGCUGAGCCAGUAGAGCAGGCUGUGGACAGUGUCGAGGCAGGGGAUAAGGAGACACCUGGAGUUGCUGAGAAAGAGAGCGAGGGAGUACCUGCCACUGAAUGGGCUGCAGCAGCAGAAGAUGGUGUGGCUGUGGCAGGAGGAGCUGGUGCUGCUACCACUGAGCAGGAGGGUGUUGCUGAAGGUGACAAACCUCAGGGAGAAGAAAAGGAGGCUACUGUGUCUCAGGAAAAGAUCAGCAGCAUUCCUUCCGUAGUAAUAGAGCCAGCAUCAAACAAUGAGGGGGAAGAACACGAAGCCACUGUGGACGAAUCCAAAGAUGCCACAGCAGAGAUGGGCACUCAGGGCACUGACACUUUUCCCAGUGGAACCUCCCAAGUUGGAAGUGAACAGAAACCCACUGAAGAAAUGCAGGCUGCACCUUCUCAAGAUCAGCCUGUUCCAGCAGAAGAUGCAGGUUCUGCGAUGCCACCUGGCUUUCUCUUUAAGGUUGAAGUUUUACAUGAUUUUGAGGCAGCUAACAGUGAUGAGCUUAAUUUACAACGAGGAGAUAUUGUACUAGUAAUUCCAUCUGAGACCACAGCUGAUCAGGAGGCUGGCUGGUUGACAGGCAUUAAGGAAUCCGAGUGGCUUCAGUACAGAGAUGCAAAUAGCUAUAAAGGACUUUUCCCAGAGAACUUCACACGCCAUCUGGAGUAGUUCUCCGCUCAGGCAGAUGAACGUGGUACAAAGCUCAGUCAGUAGGUUUUUAACCUCUUUGAAACACAGGAGCCCACCUUUUUGUAGUUUAAGCUGUUAAUGGUUUACAGACUGGUGCCAGACGAAGCUUGUUGAGACAUAUCCAAAUGAGCACGAGUGCAAGCAGUUAAGCUAGCAACCUCUGAAGCAGUACACGGGAAAAGAAAUCAAAUAAAAAAAGAAAUGUCCUUAUUUGUUCACACAUAUGUGGCAACAGGUUUGUUUGUGCUUUGUCAGAGCUAUGGUGAUCCUGUAUUUGGUCCUUUCCCAUGAAAUCUGAAAUUAGCCUCCUCAAUACCAAAACCUUAACUUCUCUGCACUAAGUGUAUUGUCUUGAGUUGCACUGCAGAAGAUUUAAUUAGUUAUCCUGUAGUAAUGAAGUCAAACUAUUAUAAGUUUCAUGUGUUUAAAAAAUAAUUAACUGCUGCAACGUUUUUCAGUGUUAUUUUUGGACAUGCAUAGUAUAUAUACACACAGGAACUUACAUGUGUAUAUAUAAGUGCAUAUGGAUAUAUAUGCAUUUUCACAACUUCAUCGUAGUUCUUUGACUGUGUAGUGUCAUCAGUACAUGCAUUGCUCUUUCACUGUCUGGCAUUACAGGAAACAGUUUUGCUCCAAAGCAAAACUAGCUGCUCCAUUGCCAAAACAUGAUACAGUAUCUGUGUUUGUAAUGUGGAAUUUUCAUUCUGAGAUGAUGAAUAACAUCAUGUUCAAAGCUGCUAAAACUUGGAGAAGGCAUGGCUCAGUCUCCCCUUCCAGCUGCAGUAGCUACAUACAAUGAGAUAAUCUGGAAGGGGAGCAGUUAUGAUGCUAAUCUAUACUUUUUUAUUUAAUUGGCUGAAUAGAUAAUUAAAAAAAAACAAACAAACAAACAAAAAAAACCCAGAACUAAUCUCUGAGAAGAAAUAAACACAAUAUAUUUUCACUAUAUGUAUUUAUGCAGCAUACCUUCACAGAACCUUUUAAAUUAAGAUAUAUAAUGUAUCCUGUAUCAACAAGUCAUCUGUAACUUAUGUUUUCCAGUGCUGUGUCAUUAAAAAAUAAACCUUUGAUCCA